AUGUCUCCCCUGCGGGAACUCUUGCGGUCAGUCCUGAUCGGUGUCAUAGUCGGCUUGAUAUCCACAAGCGUCCAGUCACUCGGCCUCACCCUCCAACGGAAGUCGCAUCUGCUCGAAGACGAAAAGGGUCCACAAGAGACGCAGAGACCCCCCUAUCGGAGGCGCAGGUGGCAACUGGGCAUGGGAAUGUUCGUCGUAUCCAACGUACUAGGAAGCAGCAUCCAGAUCUCUACCUUACCAUUGCCGGUACUAUCGACCUUACAAGCCGCCGGCCUCGUCUUCAACUCGAUAUGCGCAACCUUGAUCUUGGGCGAGCCCUUUACGAAGUGGUCCUUCUGGGGAACAGCACUCGUCACAGCCGGCGCCGCCAUGAUUGCCAUCUUCGGCGCCAUCCCAUCGCCCGCCCACAGUCUGCGGGAGCUGCUGGCUCUGCUUGGCAGGUGGCAGUUUAUCGUUUGGAUGUCCCUGCAAGCUGUGCUCGUUAUCAGUAUUGCAUUAGCCGUUGACCUGGUCAAUCGGUUCCACGCCAUCUCGCAGAAUCCCAAGUUUCGCCUGGCCCGAGGACUGGCAUAUGGGUGCGUCAGCGGUAUCCUCUCUGCGCACUCACUGCUGUUCGCCAAGUCGGCCGUCGAAUUAAUUCUUAGGACCAUCGCCGACGGCGAUAACCAGUUCGUGCAUUGGCAGUCUUGGAUGCUUGUGCUUGGCCUGGUCGCCCUGGCAUUGAGUCAGCUAUACUAUCUACACCGUGGUUUGAAGCUGGUAUCAACCUCGGUCUUAUACCCCCUAGUGUUUUGCAUUUACAACAUCAUCGCUAUCUUGGAUGGCUUGAUAUACUUUGAUCAGACGAAUCUCAUAUCGCCAUUGCAUGGCGGGCUCAUAGCUCUGGGCACCGUUAUCUUGCUCUCUGGCGUGCUGGCGUUGUCAUGGCGCCUCAGCGACGAACAAUAUCCACCGGCCGUCGGGCAGUCGACCUUGACACCGGGGCUAGGGUUCGUGGAGGACACGGAAGGUGACGACGAUUCGACUGUUGAUUCCGACUCCCCUAGUGAAGAUGGUGAAGAAGUGCCGACCACAUACAACACAUUUGGUCCAAAUGGCGACAUGACACCUAUCACACCGAGCCAUAAGCCCAGCAGUCGCUGGCAUGAGCGCGCGGCAAUAUGGGACGAGUUGGAAGACCAGGAUACCCCCAGGACUUCGUUUAAUAGACAGAGGUCCAGCACCCUGCCCAGCAGUACGCUCAGCGAGGUGGCACCACUAUUGGGUGGGAGGAGAUAUAUAUCAGGGGAGUCGACGACCUCUCUCACUGGCGCCGGACCUAGUGGAGACAAUCCGAGGAGGAUAUUCCGGCGAAGGAGAAAAUCCACUGGGUUCCCCGGAUUUACUGCUAGGAAGCCAUCGCGACGGAAGAGCUCGACUGGUGGUGCUAAGGACGCCCUUGGCGGAAUAUGGAAGCUAAAAUGGUGGCGUAAUAGGGGCGGCAACAACUCGGACGUAGCGGUCGCGAGUCCACCUGGUAGUGCAGGACAAUCUUGGGUUGGCGGUGCCUCGUGUAGGUACCGAGACGCUCUGGAGACCGGUCCAAGUCCUCGAGGCCAGGGUAGUCCGGCGCCACCAUCAUCAGCACCUGAUAGCCCGCGAGGAGACGAUGCUGUCUGA